AUGUCAGUUCAAACUGUUUUACUGGAUUUCUCUUUAGACGCUGCUCGUGUAGCCGAUGAAAGCGGCCAAAAAGCUGUAUUCGAACAAUUAGUUACAGUGUUGAAAGAGUACCUCCCUAAUCUUAUUUUGGCUGCUGAAAUAAGUAUCGAUGGAGGUUCUGUGAAGAUUUUAACUGCAAAAAAGGGUGUUACAGCGUCGAUAAGAUUGUUCGAUCGCGGCUUGGUCACUGUAAAUAUUGAGUAUUAUAAAGAGGACAACGAAGACCCAUUAAUCAAUUUCAAGUCGGCGAAAGAAUUGGAAAGUCAGCUGAAAAAACAUGUCACAGUGCUUAAAUCUCAGGCAUUACCUCCUUUAAAACGGUGUUUAUUCAACAGAUACCUUCCUUCCUCAGAUGAAAGACUUCUCGAAUAUGACAUUGAUGCAGUUCUAUUCGACGAGCAGUCGCCGUUCCAGAGAGUGUGUAUUGUCCAUUCGAAAACUCUUGGCAAUAUGCUGGUACUGGACGACUUACAGAACAUUUCCGAAGCCGAUUUCGUUUAUACAGAAACGUUGAUGCAGAGAGGAAAGGAAAGCUAUGAAGACAAAGAAAUCGUUAUACUUGGCGGUGGAGACGGAGCCCUGCUAUACGAAUUGCUGAAAGAGAAGCCCCGAUACGUGUGGAUGCUGGAGAUAGACGAGCUCGUGAUAAAGGCUUGCAAUAAACAUCUCUCGUCGAUAUGCGGCGAUGUGCUGGAAAGGCGGCAAGGACCGAACUAUGAGAUAAUCGUCGAAGACUGCAUGUUGACAGUUAAGAAGUUCAUAAAGGAAAACAAGAAGGUGGACUACAUCUUCGGCGACCUGACGGACAUCCCGAUCUCGGACACGCCCUGCGGGGAGCUCUGGGAGUUCAUGAUCAACAUACUUAACUCCGCGUUUAAGAUCCUGAAGCCGACCGGCAAGUUUAUGACGCACGGUAAUGGCGCCACCUCUGCAGAUUCUCUCGAAAUGUAUGAGCAGGUCCUGAUGAAGAUGAAACCUUCAGUCACCUUCUCGAAGACCAAAGCUUUCGUGCCUUCAUUCUACGAGGAAUGGAUCUUCUACCAGAUAGGAUUCAACCAAGCGGACGAUCAAUAA